AUGGCUGAACGCUCAUUGGAUGGUUCUUCCCGGCCGAAUUCCACUUGUCGGCCACCGCCACCGCCACCAGCACCGUCACUACCAUCACCAGAUGAGCGCACUUUGAAGUGUAUACUAGAUAGAGUCCACACUCAAACCAUACUGUGUUCCACCACCAUGGUAACCAAAUUCGUGCUCCGACCUCACUCUCUCUCCUUCACCUUUCUCUCUUCUGCCCGCUUCUUCCCCAGACCCCUCACUCUCUCUCUUCUCUCCACCAACACCGCCUCCGCAACCACUAAUCUCAACAAUCAAAUUCUCUCCUACGGACCCUCCCUUCACAAAGGACACAAACUCACCGAGCACCACCAACCGCAACCUCCUUUCACACUCUCAGCGGACAAGAAAUUACCACAAGAACAACAUGAAGUAGUAGAAGACAAUUUAUUGGAUGAAGAAAGCUUCACUCGCGUCUUCGACAUAGCCGCCCUUCGAGUCCCGUCCGAGCACUGCUUUGCACUCGAAAGUCGUCUCCGAGGCCACCUAUUGAAUUGGCCUCGCAUUCGCAACAUCGCUAGGGUUCCCGGCGACGAAAUCGAAGACGAGAUUAAGAAUUUCCUCAAACACCAAGCUGGUGAUUCUGGUUCUAACGAUGAUGAUGAUGAACGCUUAGUGUCAUUGGAACGGCGAAUUUACGGAAAAGCUGAAGGAGACGGUGGGCCAUUGAGUCCAGUGUUGUACAGAGACAAACUAGCGAAGACGUUUAAUUCGAGGGNAACGCUUAGUGUCAUUGGAACGGCGAAUUUACGGAAAAGCUGA